UGACGGGCACAAACGAUUUCCAAAUUCUGGCCAAUGAGAGUGAUUCCAUUGAGUUGUAGGCGGAGCAAAUUAUUGUUUUCGUUUGUAACAUGCCCUUGGAACAUUUAACCACAGCAUAGCAGAAUUCACACGAGUAACUAGUGACAUAAUUUAUUACGACAUAAAAGAAAAGGACCAUGGGAUUCAUUCUGUCCAAAUCUAUGGACCAGAGCUUCAAGAAGCAGCAGGAGUUUAUGUUGCACAAUGCACGGCUCCAGUUGGAGAGACAAAUCCUGAUGCAGAACCAGAUGAGGGAGAGACAGAUGGCCAUGCAGAUUGCCUGGUCCAGGGAGUUCCUCAAAUACUACGGCACCUUCUUUAGCCUGACCACCUUAGGCCUCACCAUGGGUGCCAUUAAGAAAAGGAAGCCUUCUCUGUUUGUCCCCAUCGUUCCUCUCGGCUUCAUCUUGGCCUAUCAGAUGGACAUGGCAUAUGGAUCACUGAUUUACAGAAUGAGAAGUGAGGCCGAGAGCAUCAUUGUGUCAGAGCACAACCGAUUGGAUCUCCCACAUGGUGCGAUCAGCUUCGAGAGCAUCGAGAAGGAGAGAAGAGCCAAAAGCUCCCAUGGCUCCCUCUUGGAGAAGUGACUCUGACCUGACAACCGUGCCGUUUGGAGGGUCACUCACAAGGCUCUUACCUGCACACCAGGAUGGGACCAGUGACUUCCGCAGUUCUUCAUCCGUCUUACCACAGAGUAAACUUCACAUGCCAUCAAAUGGUCACAUUGUUAUACACAGUGCACCAAGUUUGAUAUUUUGGUGUUUCCGUUAAUUCAGAUAGAACAUUAAUGCCAACAUUUUUCAGCCAUCCAUGCACAUAAUUAACCCUUUCUGAGCUAUUUCAGGAAAACUAUUUUGAUCAGAAUUUAUAUUGUUUAAGAAUUUGCCACACCAACUGUGUACAUGUACUCAAUAUAUUUAAAGGUGCGCUCUGAUCACAUCUGAAAUAUUUUAUCAACCAAUUAAAUACCUUGCACACACACAACAUUGUUUUAGAAGACCGGGAGAGCAGUGUAUCAACCUCCCUAAAUGGCCUGCUGCACAGUUCAACCUUCUUUUGAUUGGUGGUGAUAUUUCUGUGUCAGGUUGAGGUCACAUUUAGACCGUGUCAGACUGUCUGAGGAGCUUGGCACCGUGUCAAUGGGCUGUGUUACCAGUGAACACCUUUAAUAGAACUAUGAUUCCUUUCAAGCCUUACAGUUUGUGCCAAUCAGGGAAGUCACUGCAAUUACUCAACCAUUUGCAGUUGAAGAUGCCUUCUGGUUCGAUGUCCUUGAACUCCUUUUAUUACAGUAUAUAAAUGUGCCACUGUAUUAAAAAAAAACUGUUUUGUGUUAGUCCAUGAAAUGUGGCAUCAACAUAGUAUGCAAGUGUCUAGACCGACCACAAAAGUUCCAUUUAUUUCUCUAACUUUCAGUCAUGGGAAAUGUUAAAAUGAUCAGAUCUUAAUAUUUUUCUGUGUAUAGAUAAACCGGACUAUAUAUAUAACAAACACUAUAAAAAAAACAUUUUCUCUAUAAAAAAAACAUGUUUUGGUGUACCUAAUCGUAAAUAAAAAUAAGAAAUAUUUAAAGAAAUACACACUUCCUCUUUCACACAUUUACAGUAGUACAUGAAAGGUGUGUGUUUUUAGUGUGUGUUUAGUCAUCUGCUUGUGAGAGGGACAGAAAGAGGGAGGAUGCUGUAGCAGGCCUCACUCUUGACUUGCAUGGGAUUAGCUUACACUGUGUCGUAUCAGUGGGUGUGUGCAUGGAUUUCUUUAACUAUUAUUUAUACAUACAAUACCUGUCAAUAGUUUGAGUACUCAUUAGACAUUUUAUAUAUAUAUUUAUAUUUGUCUAAACAGUUAUUCAGAUUUUAACAUACAGCUCUGUAAAAAAUGAGACCACUGCACCUUUUGAAAAUGAACUCAAAACCUUCCUUUUUGGAAAGGAAAGAAAAAGGUGCAGUGGUCUCUUCAUUUUUUUCCAGAGCUGUAUUUUAACCCAACAAAGAUUUAAUUUGAUUUGACUCGUUUAAUACACUGCUCAAACAAAUUAAGGUAACACUAAAAAUCACACAUUUGGGUAUUGAUGAACAAAAUAUAUUAAAGUUGUAAAUCUUUACUGGACAUUGUGUAAUUCGUUGAGAGCAAAAUUAUGGGGGAUCUCCUUGGCGAGAUCUGGAUCAGGGCAUCAGUGAGCUCCUGGACGGUCUGAGGCUCUACUUGGCGAGUCGGAUGCACUGAUACAUAAUGUCCUGGAGGUUCUCAAUUGGAUUCAGGUCUGUGGAACGUGAGGGCCAGUCAAU